UAAGCCAUUUGUUUGUCCCUCCGCUGUCCUCCCUGGCCUUGCCUGGUGCUCGGUGCCUGGCAUCCAGGGUAAUUUCCUUUCAUAACGACCACUGCCAUCCAUGCAUUAGCAUUUUCACUGCAGUAGGGGUAACACUUGGCGAUGCAAGUGUGUGUGUGUGCACUUGGUUGGUUGCUUGCUUGCUACGGGCCUCAUUAUGCAGGGACUGGGGAAGACAGAGAGAAGCGAGCAGGGCCGAGACAUCGACCUGACAUCGCUGAGAUCCACCAUGCCGGCCAGCGGCCCUCUGCAGGGAGGUUCAACCUCUAAUCUGAACAUGAACCUGUAUGCCACUAAGAAGACAGCAGCUGAGGGCAUGUUGGACAUCGCUCUGUUCCUGGCUAACAUCACACACAUGAAGACCGUCAUCGAACAGGGAGCUGGAUACAGGUACAGGUACUAUGUCGCUGUUCUGACGCUCAUUUCCUUCUCCCUGGCUCUUCAGAUCGUGGCUGGAGUCCUGAUCAUCAUCAUCGCCCGCAGGGACCUGAACGUGGUGUCCAAUCAGAAACGACUCGACUACCUGAACAACGUUGCCACUGGCAUCAUCUUCGUCACCACGGUGAUCAACUUCUUCAUCAGCUUCUUCGGAUCCAAGAGGACCGGCUUCUUCCGCUGGCUGCUGGCUCGACUCCACUUCUGACACACACUCAUAUGAAACUCACGUCCACUCACGUCGAACACAUUUACACACUGACACAUGCACACACACACUCUUUGCACAGGCAAUUCAUUUGUGCACUGAGUUCAAAUUCAGUUCAAAUUGUUGUAAUUUGUACAAAGUUGAGAGACAAGUCACAUAAUUUCAAACAUCACAUCUUUAUUUAUUAUUGAGGCUUUGAAAGGUGUUGUUUAAAUGCUGAAUUCAAGUUAUAAUCCAACUAAAAUAUCUCCACUUAACCAACUGAACAUGUAUUUAAAUAUGCAUUAUUUUAUUUGCUGCAAUAAUAUGCUUGAAUUUUCAUUUCUAAAAUUGUCCAUGUGUUCCAUUGUGUAUGUUUCAAACUAUUUACACUUGACAUGUGUUUCUACUUUGUUUGUUAGUCAGUAAUGGAAAACCUGAUGUAAACAUUAAUGUCUUUAUCAUUUAUUUUCAAAAACUGAUUCACAAAAAUGUUUCAGAUUCAAUCUCAGACAGAAACAAGGGUAAUAGAAAUAAGAGACAUCCCUCUAAUGUACGCAUAAAUUAUCCUUCAGAAAGCUGAAUAAAUGUAGUUAUUUAACAGAA